AUGGCCGGUAACGUCGAGGCAUGGACCUUGUUGUCCUUGGCCCUUCUAAUCAUUAUCAUACGUAUUAUGGUACGAUGGAAGCUCGUUGGGCCAGCCAAUUUCCAACUUGAUGAUUAUCUCAUGCCAUUGGCGGGGAUCCUUUUUGUACUCGAAACAGUAGCGGCGUAUCUCGUCGGUGCCAAAUUCCAGGGCCUGACUAACAGCUACAUGACACCUGAGCAGCGAGCAACCCUCGAUCCCCAUUCGACUGAGUGGUCCAAUCGUGUUGCUGGGUCUAAGAUCCAGAUCAUUGGAUGGUCAUUAUACGUGGCUAUUCUCUGGCUGGUCAAAUUCAGCUUGGCAGUCUUUUACUCUCGAUUGACGACUGGCCUCCAACACCUCCCCACCCGAGUUCGGCUGGGAUAUAUUAUUCUAGGUGUGACAUACCUCGCAACAGCGUUGUCCCUCCUGCUGUCAUGUCAGCCCUUCCAUGCAUUUUGGCAGAUCCACCCUGAUCCUGGCAAUCUCUGUCAGCCAACCAAAUCCCACGUUUAUGUUUUUGUCGUCGUCGUACUCAACAUUGUCACGGACAUCUACCUUCUCUCAAUCCCGCUCCCACUUCUCUGGACUGUCAACCUGAACCUGAAACGAAAGCUCCCCCUUAUGGUUCUCUUCUCUGGCGCUACAUUCGUCAUGCUAGCUGGGAUUAUCCGGGCUGCUACGAUUAUGAAGUCCAGCCCUGACGGAGCUGAAUCUGGCUCCCAAUGGGCCUGUCGUGAAACUUUUGUCUCAAUCGUUGUUUCAAACCUGCCCAUCAUCCAACCACUUAUCCGCAAGGGCUUCAGGAAAAUCGGUCUCUCUCACAUCUUCAGUUCCUCGGGAGGAAAGACAUCAGGUCAGCCAUACCCGCUCUCUAGCCGAGGUUUACAGACCUUGACAACCCGCGGCGAGGGUGAUACCAAGAAGGGUAAGACAAAUGCUGCUGCUCCAUCACAUAUGCAGGCAUCCGCAUGGGGCAGCGAUGAGCAUAUCCUAGCUCAGUCCGAGCCGGGCUCCAAGGAUAUUACUGUUGUCUCGGAGACUGUCGUGCAGAGUGAACCAUGGACCUUCGAGGAGGGAUCUGGAGUGGGUCAUUCGACAUCGCCUCCGAAGGAGUGGGAGAGUCAGGUGUCGCAUCGAUGA